AUGCUGCCUUUGUAUCUCAUCUGGUUUUUCAACGUGGCUAGUGUGCACGUAUACGGUACUCCGCUAUCAAUGCCAAGUUUCCCCCAGCGAGAGACCAUGAAGCCCCCAAUCUUUCUUCUCGCGGGCGACAGUACUACGGCCACUCAGUCCUCCGGGGGAGGAGGCUGGGGUGAUGGUUUCCUCAACACCACGCUGUUUAAUGGUGCAUGCGGGGUAAACUAUGGUCACGAUGGCGCCACGACAGUGAGUUUCCGCAACGGCGGAGACUGGGAUAAUGUCCUCGAGAGAGCACAAAACAGCAGCUCGCGCCACGAUCCAUACAUCACCAUUCAGUUCGGACACAAUGACCAAAAGGCUUCUGCCAACAUAUCCAUUGAAGAGUAUACUUCGAAUCUGGAGCAAUUCGUCGAUGAAGCAAGAGCUGCCGGGGCAACGCCUAUCCUCGUUACGCCACUUUCGCGACGAAAUUAUGAAAAUUCCACCACAGGUACGUCAAGUAUCAUUCAGGAUCUUGCAAACCAGACGGUGGCCACCAUACAGGCAGCAGAAAACAGAGGCUGUAGCUGGGUGAACCUGAAUGCUGCCAGCACGGAAUAUCUUAACCGUAUCGGACCAACGGACGCGUUCACGUACAACCUUAUCUCCACAGACCACACGCAUUUGAAUUCGGAGGGAAGCAUCGUCUUUGGCAAUCUUAUGGCGGAUCUUAUCUUGGAGGACUUUGCUGAGUUGGGCCAUCAGGCAUAUAUCAAAGUCAAUGGAACGUUGACGGCAGAUUUCCUCGCGGGAAAAUAUUACUAUCCGCAAAUAGGCGAUCAGCAUAUGCCACAAUGUCAAUCUUGA